AUGGCCAUGCUUUCCGGCAACACGGCCGGCUUCACAAAAAAGACGACGACAAAUGCCAUGAUCUUCAUGGCCUUUUGCGCCGGAAACAUUGUUGGCCCGCAGCUGUACUUUGGGUCAGAGGCGCCGAGUUAUCCGUCCGGCUUCCUAUCUCUCAUCAUCUGUCUCGGGGUUGCAUUUGUGGCGAGUCUGUUGUUGCGGUUCUAUCUUGUUCGGGAGAACAGACGCCGAGACGCAGAGCAGCUCUCGGCGCCGGGCGAUGCAGUGGCGGUCAACAGCCUCGACGAUGAGGUGCUGAACGCGAUGGACCUGACGGAUAAAGAGAUGCCACAAUUUCGAUAUGUGUAUUAG